GGAAUAGGUCAAGUGGUCACUUAUAGAUAGAUGAUCGAGGCUUGACGAAAAUUGUCUGUACACCGGUCACCAGCUAUAUAUAUAUAUAUGUCACUUGUUAGAAAGAUGUGGCUCCAGGAUGUUGUUUGUACACACGGGCUAUAUGUCACUUACACAGUAAAACAUAGUUUAGAUUAGUGGUGACUGGGAUCUGGUGUUGACAUCAUCAGGCUUCAUCUGCUGACAUGACCAGACGAGUCGACUAGAGGUCCCGAGACCAGCCCAAUGUCCGCCCCUGACCAGCCUCCCCUGGACAAUGGUCACGCUACAGAGGCUGACCUCCUCAACAAGUUGGAACUUGCUAAUAGGUUGUUAGAGGCAGAUCAGAAGUCAUGCAGCUCUCUGAAUUCUGCGCCGUCCCCGACACCUGGUCACUCGCGGAAGGGAUCCGGGUCGAGUGUGCAGUCAUCGACGUCCUCCAACAGUCACUAUAGUACGCAGCAGACAGAUGACGAAAAUAGUUCUACAUCAGGAAACCUGUGGGAUGUGUGGGGAAAACUUGUCAAUGACUGGGAAAAUGCCAAAAAGAAACAAAUCUGUAUCAAAGAUUUGGUGCGGAAGGGAAUUCCACAUCACUUCCGGGGAUUAGCCUGGCAGCUGCUGUUGAAUGUGAAUGACUCCCCCCACAGACAAAUGUACGCUCAAUACCUGAAGGAAAACUCCCCUAGUGAAAAGCUCAUCAAGCGUGACAUUGCGAGAACUUUUCCAGAACAGGACUUCUUCAAGGAAAAGGAUGGGCUUGGUCAGGAGAGUCUUUUUAAUGUUAUGAAGGCGUACUCUAUACACGACAAGGAGGUAGGGUACUGCCAGGGGAGCGGAUUUAUAGUGGGACUUCUUCUCAUGCAGAUGCCCGAGGAGGAAACAUUUGCGGUGCUAGUAAAACUAAUGCAGGACUAUCGUCUCAGAGAACUUUUCAAACCCAGCAUGGCAGAGCUGGGCUUAUGUAUGUACAAACUGGAGUGGCUGAUACAGGAGCUGCUGCCGACACUGUAUAUCCACUUCCAGACCCAGGGUUUUUACACGUCCAUGUAUGCCUCGUCCUGGUUCCUCACCUUGUUCUCUACAACACUACCAAUGUCUAUGGCAUGUCGAGUCAUGGAUGUUUUUAUCUCAGAGGGUAUGGACCUUAUAUUCCGCUUGGCCAUAGCAAUAUUACAGACUAGUCAGGAUCUAUUGAAGACCAUGGACAUGGAGGGCAUGCUCAAGUUUUUCCAAAAGGAAGUACCUCUUAGAUAUGAACAAGAUCCUGAGAAAUUGUUCCAGGCAGCUUAUCAAGUACGAUACAACACAAAGAAAAUGAAGAAAAUAGAGAAGGACUACACAGCUCUGAAGAGUAAGGAGAAUGAGGAUCAGAUCGAGCUCAGGAGGUUGCGGACCGAGAACAGACUGUUGAGACAGCGUGUCGAUACACUAGAAAAAGAGUCAUCAUCGCUGGCAGAUAAGUUGAUCCACGAUCAGGUGACACGGGCUACGGAGGCUGAGGAAACUUAUGCACUCAAAAACAAGUUGUCCACAACCAAACAGAAACUAGCAGACACAACUCGGAAAUUAGAGGAAGCUCAUGUCCUUCUGGAGGAUGUCAAACAACGGACCCUCAGUAUAGCCACUGCAGGGUCCCUAGAUGAAGAUGAGAGCGAGACUGUGAUACAAGGCCUACAGGAGGAACUCAUUGCACUCCGCCUGAAGGAUGCAGAUACCAACUCUCUAGUCAAAGAACUCAGGUCCAAAAUUAAAGAUUUAGAGGAUACAAAUCUACAACUACAGAGGGCGCCCAGUAAUGAUGUACAGAACCUACAGGAGGUGCUGAUAGCUGUAAAGUUGAGGGAAGCGGAGGCCAAUCUGUCACUCAAAGAGAUGCGACAGAGGGUGCAUGAGCUGGAGUCACUAUGGGAGAAACAUAUAGAGAACAUGACUCGAGACCCUGUGUCUCCUAAAGAAAAGACAACUAAACAGGAACUGAAGCAGGUCAAUGAGGAACUGAUGUCCGUGAAAAUCCGAGAGGCCAACUGUCUUUCUGAUCUCAAGGAGAGUAAACAGAAAAUCAUGGAGUUUGAAACACAGAACCAUAUAUGCACUAACCAGAUACGUAGAAUGGACGAUGAAAAUAAAACGCUGAAAUCCAAGUUGGAAGAAAGAGAUACAGUGGAAAAAGAUUAUAAACAUCAAAUUCAGGAACUUAAUAGAAAAAUGGAUGAUCUCCAUACUCAGAGGAAAGAAGACUCCAUGAUGGUUAGGAUACAGGAGGCAGAACAUGCCCAAUAUGUAGCCACAUUGAAACAGAAAAUAGCUGAACUAGAGAUACAGAAGGAGGAGUUACUGACCGCUGACCGUCUGGACACCAAGGUGGAUAACCAGGAUUUAGAGAAUCGUAUCUAUGAUCUUCAGGAUGAGGUUUUACAACUUAAAUUCAUGCAGAAGACACCCGAGAGUGAGAGGCCAAGAAACAAUGGAUUCUGUGGCCCCGGUGAUGAUAAGGUCGACGAUGAGGAAGACGAUGAGGAUUUCUCAGAAUUAGAAAACCCAGAAACAUUAAACAGGACGCUGUCGGAAAUAGUGGACGGUCAGGACUCGUCAGACGACUUGUCGUCACGGUUACAUUGCAAUGGUGUUUUGGACACCGAUUCAUCUCCUGAAGAGAAUAGUGUGGCAUUGUGUGGUAGUCGGUCCGAACUGAAAACAGAUGACUCCUUACUCCAAACAAAAAGUUUAGACAAGUGGCCAUUGACUUGUGAUGAAUAUGGUGCCCCGUGGGUACCGCGGGCUGCCAGUGAUAUUAUCGACGUAGAGAUUUAUAAGGAAAGUAAAGUCUAAUUGUACAGGUUUUAUUUAUAAUUAAUAUGCAACAAUUGAUGAUAUAUAUUUUUUAUGUUUGGCCAAGGUAGGGGUGACAUUUGGCUUUUACUAUGUAUGUGUACUUUUCCAAUGAUUUAGCCAGAUAUAACAACAAUCAUUUGAUAAAAAAAUUCAAGUUGAUGUGGAAUUUUUUUUUUUUUUUCUAUUAUUAAUUUUGAAAUUGCUAAAGCACAAAAACCAAAUUUUUUUACUUUUUUUUCUUCUUAUUUUCAGUAUGAGAGAGGUUGUAUUAUACAUAAUGGCAGUUGUAUCUAGGUAUAUUAUUACUUACGUUGUAUUGUUAAACACAUUCUGAGAGAGGUUGUAUUGUGUAAGCCUUAUAUAGUAUAUAUGAUAGUAUAUUAUAUAUAGAGCACUCUACAACUUUAACUGAUAUUUGUAAACACAGGGUAUUUAUGACACAAGGGCAUUUGUGCUGAAUGUCAUUAUAAAGCUCAUUGGUAUAUGGCCAGUCUCUGUAUCAAAAAUAUCUAAUGGCUAUAUAGGUGAUUGCAAUAUAAAUGUUGGAGGUAGAAUAUUGUCUAAUCUUUCCCCUGCCUUGGUCCUACAAUUCAGGUGUGAGUGGAUGUGGUACUGUUAAAACCUUACACAUGGCCACAUCAUGUCUCAUUUUCUGGCCCAUCUUGACCCUGUGUGUGUCAGCCCCAGGCUUAGCCCUGUUCAUGUUUGCCCCUACCUUGGCCCUGUAUUUGUCUGGCCCGUCUUUGCCCUGUGUGUGUCAGCCCCAGGCUUGGCCCUCUGCUUGUCAUCCCUGUAUUUGCCCUGUAUGUGUCUGCCCCUGUCUUAGCCCUGUGCUUGUCAGCCGAAGGCUUUGCCCUGUGGGUGUUUGCCUCUGUCUUUGCCCUGUGCAUGUUUGCCCCUGUCUUGGCCCUGUGUGUGUCAGCCCCAGGCUUAGCCCUGUGUGUGUCUGCCCCUGUCUUUGCCCUGUGAGUGUUUGCCCCUGUCGUAGCCCUGUGUGUGUCUGCCCCUGUCGUAGCCCUGUGUGUGUCUGCCCCUGUCGUAGCCCUGUGCAUAUUUACCCCUGUCUUGGCUCUGUAUGUGUCAGCCGAAGGCUUAGGCAUGUGCGUAUUUGCCCCUGUCUUUGUCCUGUGUGUGUCUGGCCUGUCUUGGCCCUGUGUGUGUCAACCCCAAACUUAGCCCUGUGCGUGUCUGCCCCUGUCUUGGCCCCUGGGGUUGGGAUGUGUGUGUCUGCCCCUAUCUUGGCCCCUGGGGUUGGGAUGUGAGUGUCUGCCCGUCAUGGCCCCAUGGGUUUGGAUGUGAGUGUCUGCCCCUGUCUUGGCCCCGUGGGUUGGGAUGUGAGUGUCUGCCCCUGUCUUGGCCCCUGGGGUUGGGAAGUGUGUGUGUCUGCCCCUGUCUUGGCCCCUGGGGUUGGGAUGUGUGCGUGUCUGCCCCUGUCUUGGCCCCUGGGGUUGGGAAGUGUGCGUGUCUGCCCCUAUCUUGGCCUGGGGGUUGGGAAGUGAGAUGGUAUGGCCCCGUUAUAGUCUACCCAUAUUGUGUGUCAUAGUAUUACAUCGCCGUGGUGCAACGUUGUUAUCAAUAUUGAUGUCCCUCAGUUCAGUGUACACAAUUUUUAGUGUGUUGCGUUUAAUGUGUUCAUAUUUUUUGUGAUUUUAUUGACAUUUUCUCAUUUGCAUGUGUUAUGUUUUGUCUCUGUGAUUUUAUACACUGUACAGUAGCUCUGUAUAGUUCUGACCAUUCUCAGUCAAUCCAUUCGGGAAAAAAAUUAAAUAAGAGGAAAAUUAGUAUCUUUUCUUAAGUCAACUCUUCAUUACUUCAUAUUUUUUAUGAUUUAUUUCUUAUUGCUGAAGACUGCUUUUAAUUCAUACCUAAAAUAUCAUAUAUUAGUGAAGGGGACUCUGACCUCAACAGGUUUUUACAUGGUUUUAUGCAUUUCCUGAAAGAUGACAAAUGGAGAGUCUGUGGCUUAGCAAAAACUUCCUAUAUUAAGUUUUCUGGUCUUAACGAAGUAACUCUUUAAGUUUUAAUCAGCCAGCCUCAAUAAUGGAACUGUUAGUAUCAACGAAACAAUCCAGACUGCUAGUUUUAGUCUCUUCAUGUAGGUAUAGAAUGGGUGGGGGUACGGUGAGCAGAGGACUCUGUGAAAUAGCUAUACAGUAUUACCAGGCAUAGAUAUCUUAUUUUCUACAAUAUCUAAUUUCAUUGUGAUCUUAUAACAAGAUUUACAUUACAUCAUUCCAUAAUGGCUCUCAUCCACUGUGAAAAAUUCUGAUUACUGAAUUCUCUUAAAUUCUCUCUACUUUGUCGCUGCAGAGGUAACAUUAGUUAAACGUAUUAAUGCUUAAUUCAUGAAUCGGUAUAAAUUUGUAUAAACAGCUGGUUCUGUUUCAGUUGUCCGCCUUGUUUGUUUUUACAGACUCAAAUUUUGUGAUAAUUGGCUUAAAUGUAUAUGUAUACACCAGAGUAUAAUACAAUCCCAAUACAAUGUAGUACAAUCGUAUUAUAUACAUUAUUUGUCAUAAUCCGUUACACGUUCAUUUACCGUAUAACAACACGCUGUAAUGCCAGUAAACGUAGCAAUUCAUUAAUGAUAUUUCAUACCACUUGAUGUACAAGUCCGUAUAUCAGAUUUGAAAUCACUGAUGUACAAGUUCGUAUAUCAGAUUUGAAAUCACUGAUGUACAAGUUCGUAUAUCAGAUUUAAAAUCACUGAUGUACAAGUUCAUAUAUCAGAUUUAUCACUGAUGUACAAGUUCAUAUAUCAGAUUUAAAAUCACUGAUGUUAAAGUUCAUAUAUCAGAUUUAAAAUCACUGAUGUACAAGUCCGUAUAUCAGAUUUGAAAUCACAGCUGGAAUAUUCCACAUGUAUCUCCCAUGCCUAAGUUGAGUUUCCUAAUAUGGUAUGCUGAUUAAUCACCCUUAUAUGGCAAACUUUGAUCACAAAUGCUUUGUGAGAUUUUUAUGCUGAGAUAUGUUUAUAAUGGAAUCUGCAGGUUUAAUAUGUAUUGUCUGAAGAAAUAUCACGAUCAUACAAAAUCACCGUUGAGUUGCUGCAGAGUUUGCGAUUCAGUCCUCAGGGAGAUAACUCCAUUUGUCAACCCCAUUUUUACGAGUUCAUUAGAUAAAACAAGUUCUGGGGACGGGUGUUGUUUAGAGGUCAAAUUAGAGGUCAAGAUUGUCUUUAUUGUGUUCAAACAUUUAGUUUUUAAUUAAUGCUGUUGGUACACCUUCCUCUGCAUGAUGUCAUGCUCACACUUUCCAAUGCAAUAUUCAACGAAUUUGUGUUUUUACAUGUUUAAAUGACAAGUCAUGUGGGGAAAUAUUGUACUUAUAGAUUCUGUCACAAAAUAUCACAUGCUGUUUAAUACAUAAAUGUCUGCAGCUUGUUUUAAGAACAUUGAAUUUUACUGGAAAUUAAACAUGGAAGUAUGACAUUUUACUUUGAAAGUAAUCGUCAUCAUAUAUCAAAAUAUGCCUUACAAAGUGUAAUUAAUGAUUAAAUAACAAAUAUUUGAUAUUAAUGAUGGUGAAUAGAAAUCUGAAUACAGAAUUAUUUAAGGCAAUAUUUCCAACGGUUAAGUAGUAUUAACUUUUCACAUUGUUUCAAUUUUAUAUGAAAAAGUACCAAACUAUCCGAAAAAAAAUCAUAAAAUAUUUUACUCCACACUAAAAUGUACAAAAAGGGUAAUUUAGAAUUAGUGGGAAAUUAUUGUUUUAUGUUGUACAUUGUAUAUGAUAACAGAGAUAUUAUUUAUGUGCCUGCUUGUUACUUUAUAGCAUGAUCCAUUCUCGUUUAAUUUGAAGUUAAAUCAUCAUUAUUGAUGCAUGAAUAUCUGACUAUUGAGAAUUAUGAUGCAAUUCAUUGUGAAAAAGCAUUGCUUCAGUGAAAAAUUUAGGAUAAAUUAAGGUCCUGUGUCUUUACCAAGAAUAUUUCAUCAAUAGAGGCCAAGAUCCUGUGUCGUUGCUAUGGAUAUUCUGCAUGAUCGCUCGGUCUAUAUCAUGUGAACUAUCUACCGCCUUUGUGCGAAUUCAUGAAAUUGGUGUAUUAGAAACAAGAUCAUGAAACUGGUAUUUUAGAUACAAAAUCAUGAAACUGGUGUUAUAGAAACAAGAUCAUGAAAGUAAUAUAUUAGAAAUGAGAUCAGAGUAUGAAUUUGGUGCAUACAUGUAGACGUGAAAAUUGAUUUAAUCUGAGAUGUCCUGUAUGAUGGUAUUCCUUUUGUUGUUGGUUGUACACAUGGCUGCCAACUACUCAGGCUGACCAUGGACGUAACUGUUCCAAUAUCUUCCCGGGAAAAUCACCCCAGUGUGAGGGAAUUUAUUAUGUUAGAUUUGUUAUUAUAUGUGCCAAACAGAACAUUUGAGAUAAGUUAGUGGUAGAUUUCUCUGUCAAACAAAAACACAUGUGAUCAAAUGUAUUUUUAUGUGAUUUUGUGUACGGAAAAACCGUGCAUAGCUAAAAAAAAAUUCACUUAAGCAAGUUAAAUGUUAAAGGUUUAAUAUAUAUAUAUAUAGACAAAAGAAAAAAUUCAAUGAUUACAGAGUUUUUUUACAACAAAAUUUUGCGUUUUGAGUAUCAAAAGGAAUUUACUAAAAGUUAUUUUUUUCCAAUAUUUAACAGUAUUGAACAAAAUUGAUUUUUUUUUUUACUUGUCAUGUCUAUAAUUAACAUUGAAAAGUUUACAUAUAAUUGUUUAUGUCAUUAAAAUGUUUCAUAUUUCAUUUGUACAAAAAAAUCAUUUACACCAUAAGAAGUAAAAUCACAUCUGCAAAGUAGAAAAUAAUGUAAUAGUCAUCAAACAUGAUGACUAGGUCUUGAAUAUUAUAAGAAUAUUGAAUAUGAACUGCCUUGCAAUGUGCUUGUUAUCUGUUGAGAGUUAAUCCCGAUCCACAUUGCAUUACAUAUGUGGUUUACGUCUGUCCAAGCUUAAAACGCAGGGACGUUCAAUGUUUUCUGGGACUCACUCAAGACAUCCUGCUUGUUUUAAUGGAGAAUAGAAACAUGUGGUCAGUCCAAAGACAGACAUAAUAAACUAUAGCUUGUGAUCAGUCUACAAUUCCAUUGUGAUUAAGAAUUAUGUUUUUAAAUUCAAAAUCAGAAUAUUUUAACAAAGUUGUUACACAAGUUAUGAUAUAUGUUGUAGUGACACUGUUGGAGGAAGUCUUGAGUGAAAUUCAGAAAAAAAAAUGCUGUUUAUUCAACCUAAUUCAUGCAAUUAUAGGCUGAAUGCCUACGCCAUUUGAUCAUCUUGUUAUUUUGUACCUGAUGCAAUUGACAAUAAAAACAAAAAAUA